AUUGAAAAUGAAAACAAGUUGGUAGGUUUAUAGUGCAUGUUUUUUAAAAAUAGCUCAUAGGUUGACGAAAUUUUGUGCAAGCCAAAGUUAUAAUUGGUACUUGUCAUGAUAUUUAGUGUACGAAACUAAUUUCUGCUCUGGUUUUAUUUCUUCCGUUGUAUUCAUAAAAAUUUAAAUUUUCAUAAAUCUUCAUAAAAAGCCACAGUCUACUCGUAAUUUAUUUUAAUUGAUUAGUCGCGUGGAAUAUUUUGGCGAACGAAACGAUAGUUUUCUGGUUCCAACUUAUUUGCGGUCAAAUUUACGUUUGCAAUGUACUUAUUCAUAAUCGAAUUUGUGCCAGUCCAUGUUCGUUUACGGUGAAAUUUAUGCUACACUAAGCGGUCACCGAUAACAUCUACGUUUAUGACUGAAUUUAUGACGCAAUACGCGAUACGUCGAUGAUUGACGUUAUAAUAUUUACGCUGUUUACUUAUUUCGGAUAUCAAUGGCUAACUUUAUAUGCUUAUGAUUUUUUCAUUGGCCAUUACGCGGCGAAAACUAACGGGGAAGAAAACACAUUCGACCACGAUGUUCAAGACUAAUAACUUGAAAGCUACUCGUGCCACGGAAUAUUAUACUUUCAUUCUCUAAUGGGAAAUUUGGACCUUUGCUUCUUUCAAAGAAUUAAAUACAAAUGAAAACGCUGUACCAUUAAAGGCAUACUAAUUUCUGCAAUUAUCUUUAUUCUAACGGAACUGAACAAUUUUAAAUUGAUAAUUUCCUAAAAACUUUCUUACAUUCUAUGUAUGCAUAAACAUCUUUUGUGAAUCAGUAGAGAGUAUACGAAUAAGUGAUAAGUUUAGUAAUCGAUGUUUAAAUUGCAUUUAAUAGGGGCCCACUGCAUUGAUUGCAUUUGCGGUAUUUUAUGAGGUUGCCAGAUUCACCAGACAGCCUGUUUGCCCUUUGUGAUUUCUAAUGUCACAUCAGUGCUUUACACUGUUAAUGGCACGUGAUUAUGUUUACAAUGCGCCACGUGUCCUCCAACGUUACUGUUCGUUGUUUGUGCAGAGUAUCAUGUGACUUCUGGUUUGCGAUACAUUUGUAAUGGACAAUACCGAAUUGCAUUUACCCAGCCUAAAUUAUGGAUUUCGUGUAAAUUCGACAAUUAGACCAAGUGGAAUAUUGAGUUACGGUGCAGUUUGGUUACAAGCAGGAGAAGCUUCUAGGAGGAAAUUAUCGAAGAUCGAGAAAAGUGAAACGACAUAAAGAUAUUGGCACUAUUUUACAAUCGCUGGUCUUCCAUUUUUACCAGAUCAGUUUGAUUUUAAAAUCGAGAAGAAACUUACACAAGGAAAUUAUCCAAAGAUAGAUAGAGGAAAGUAAAACAAAACGAUUAUCAACGUGGAAAACGACGGUGGAGGUCGGAAGACACGCAAAAACAAUUCCGGCGAUUAAAUCCGAGUAGUCAGUUUCGGUCGCUCUUCCUCUCGUGGAGUCCAACAACGCUCGUUUGGAAUUGUAAAACGGCGGACGAUGCAAUCCUCCGAACGAAUCCUUUAAACCUUGGCACAUUAAUUCGAUCGACCGUGUAGCCAUACCACUGAUGACUAAUUAAAGUUCAAAUGGAGAAUUCAGAGAUUAAAACACAAUCAUACUUAGUUGGCUGGAAACACAAACUGACUGGAACUAUUUAUCGGAACACGUGCACGCAAACUGGUAAACAUGACGGCAAAAAUGACAAAAGAACGCAGACAAAUUUUACUGUGGAUAAAUUUACGAAUGUGGAAUGCGACGUUGAAGUGCAAACGAAUUUCUUUCCUAACGUCCGCGACAGAUUUAUACAAAGUUUUAGAAAUUCCAAGGAACCGAGAUUCAAGGAUUACUCGAACGAGAAGAUUCUAGAGAGCAUCGUAAAGAUACAGAGGUUUUACAGAGCUCACCGCGGCCGGCAAACCACGAUCUCGUCGAGCGGCGUUUCAGCCUGCGCUAAGAACACGAACCGGCGGCAAAUACAGCCAGUACCGAGAUUCUAUCGCAGCCGGGAUUUCGUGAUACUAAACCGCACGUCGCCGAGUACCAGGGCGGACUUCGAGUUGCUGUACAAUCUGCUGGAUCGUUGGCGUAUCUACGAGACGAAGAGUGCGAGUGAACAGCUGUUCGUGUCGUCCAGGAUCGCAUUGUGCAGUUUAAUCCUAUCAAAGGAGGUAGAGCUAUUGCGAGCUAUUGAUUCGAGGAAAACCACUAUCAAAUUAAAAAAGAGAGAGCAAUCGUACAGAAAAUUCUUGGAUGAGUUGUGCAAGCCUGUCGUAUGGAAAACCAGUCAUGGAGAAUCGAUUCCUGUAAUUACACCGUUUGUACAGCACGCCAGAUGCUUCAGAGGCACGUUCGAAGAGUUGUCGAAGGAAAAUAUGACUGUUAAGGAAAGAAUUGAGAUGUUGUCUAAAUUGAGAAAGGAUAUAGAGCCUCAUACGUGUAAGGAAUCUGAUGAACUGGUACGUCUGUUGAAUCAAGAGAUUGAUCUGUUGACCCGUAACGUGGAGGAAAGUAAGUUGAAUUGGUUAAGAAGUGGCCUGAAGAUGGCUUUUUUGAGAUUGGCAAGGGAGUCCUUGAGAAACGAGCGAGAGGAUUCGAGGCUGAUCAGUUGGUUCCGGACCAGUUGUAAAACUAUCUGCAGGAGCUGCGGCAGACUAUUGCCUCUCGAGAAGUUCCCACGCGAGAAAUGGUCCCGUUCCUCUUCGUGCAAUUACUGUCUCUACGUGAGAGUUCGCACUGGGCCUCGGCUCGUAUACGAGCCCUAUCAAAGACUUCUUCGUGAUGUAAGACGUCGCGAAGCUAGAAUCUAUUGUUACACCAGUCUGGCUUUUGUUAUUGAUGCAAAAGCCGUUUACCAUUUGGUGAACGAUAUUUGGCACGGAAAAUCGGCCAUUUCUGAAAACGAUAAUUUAGAAGAGUUGAGGUUGGUGAGAUUUCGAAAUGACGAAGAGUGGUCACCGUGGAAUUGUCUUUUAUUAACCGUGACGGAAGCCUCGUUGCAUCGAAAGGUAGUUGACCUCGAUAAGUUUUACGGACCGAUGAUACUACAAAAGUUCUGCACGAAGAAUCUUCAGGCCAAACUUCGGUUCGAGUUCGUGGCCAAAUUCAAGAGCCUUCGUGGGAAUAAACAAUGAUAUUAAACGCUCAUUUAUUAUUGUUCUUCGUGGGAAGUUAAUUAACGAGUUGCGGAUACUUUCUUCAGCGUACAGUAAAAGGAUAGAGUAAAGAAAGCGAAGUUUGAUAUCACGUUGAGAGUGUUGAGCGAAUAGUUAGAUGCUGAGAAUAUUUAAUUCGUAUACAUGGAAUAUCUGAUAUAAAAUAAAAGUAUUUUCAUGAU